AUGAUGAAAGAGGGCAAGAACAAACCCUACCACGGGGAAGCAUCCCUAAGGUCUUCGGAGCUGCCAUUCAAUAAAGAAAUUAUGGAGGCUCCAUUGCCAAGUAGAUUCAAGAUGCCCACUUUUGACAGGUACGAGGGUUUAUCUGACCCAAUUGAUCACCUAAAUAAUUUUAAAAUGUUGAUGCAAUUGCAAGGAGCUCUAAAAGCAAUUAUGUGUCGAGCUUUUGCGACUACCCUUAAGGGUACUUCCAGAGAUUGGUACCGCACAUUGCGACCCGGAUCCAUCGGCUCCUUCUCAGACAUGGAACAACUCUUCACUGGCCACUUCCUUAGCAGUUGGAGAGUUGCUAAAACAAUUGGCCAUCUCAUGAGCAUGGCGCAAGGAGAGCAGGAAACUUUUAAAGAUUUUAUACAUCGCUUCAACACGGCAACCCUAGAGAUCCGCAACUUAGACAUGGGGGUGGCAUUAGCAGCCCUGACGACGGCUCUCCAGCUUGGAAGCUUCUUAUACUCAUUGGGGAAAAAGUCGCCGGUAGACAUGGGGGAGCUGAUGGUCCGAGCACAGAAGUACAUCAAUUUGGAGGAGAUGAUGGAUACGAGAGGAAGUCGCCUAGAGCGGAAAAGGAAAAACAGUAGCAGAGAAACAGGGGAUCCCUUUAGAUCCGCAAAAAGACACAAGACUAGUGCGUUGCACCCGGGUCAAAAGAUGAGAGGACAGCACAACAAGUUCUCCAUUUACACACCCCUGAAUGUACCGCGCUUAGAGUUACUGAUGCAGAUCAAAAAGAAGGACUACAUCUCGUGGCCUGAACUUAUGCGAACGCCUUUACAUAAGCGGAACAUGUCCAAAAAGAAAAUCCACAAAGGGAACCACUCGAGCAGAGAAGGCAUUGUGCAAAAGAGAAGGGAGAGCAGGUCAUUAGGGAAAUUGCGGUGA